AUAAUUAUAUAAUCUAAAUGAAACAAGUGAAAAAUGCAUCCCAAACAGGAAAAUGUAUAUAUUCUGUGUUCAUAUAAUGUGAUUUAAAGUGGCAACCUGCAGUUCAAACAACAACGAUGCUACACCACGCCAACUUUUUAGAUAAACGGCUUAGGGAAAUGUAACCACUCUCAAAUUCAUAGACAGAACUACAGAUGCAAGGACUGACCAGCCAUAAGAUCAAAAUAAUAGCUUAAGUUAUGUGUGAAGCUAUACAGUGUUUUUACAAUUACGAUGUUUAUAAACAAUGAAGUAAAACAAGAUUAUGUUUUGGAUUCUGAUGGGGUUUAGACAGUUGAACUAAUGGCAUGAGGCAUUCAUAAGUUAUAUUCUUCAAGAAUCAAUGGCUAUAUAUCAUUAAUUUAAAAGUCAAAACAUGGAUGUAGAAUCGCAGAUUGCUCCUUUAACAUGGAGCUUGUUAUAGCGACACUAUUAUUGGCUCAAUACAAAGCUGUUCUUGCCACCAAAUUGACAGACAUGUUGCUUGACAACAGCUUCGAAACAUUACAUCACCUCGCUCCAUUGUUCUCUUGAAAAAAAAUAUGUCUGUGCGUUGCGCCAGUGUAAUAUUUUAUCAUUUCAGACUAUGAAAGCAUGCGUUUGUUGUAUGAAAUAUUCGCACAUACCAUUGUGAAGUUGUGAAGAACCGAGUGAAUGAUGCACACCCACUCUCACUUCUUGCUGGGAAAACAAUACCUCAAACUGCAGACAGCGGAUCUAAAAGGAUUGGAGGCCAAGCCAGUAAGUGACAGCCUGCUUGAAUGGGAGGCUAAAGUGGAGGGACUGAAGGACACUUUGUGGGAAGGUGCUGUUUUGCUGCUGACAUUGCAUUUCAGUGAGGCUUACAACUCUGUCCCUCCAACUGUCGAGUUCAACGCCAUCCCUUUCCACCCCAAUGUGGACAAGGACACAGGUAGCCCAUGUAUCCCCUGCCUGGACAGCGAGUGGAACCCCAGCAUCUCAAUUAGCAGUAUUCUUCUCAGCAUCCAGACCAUGCUGUCCAACCCAGUCCUGGAGGGAGCGGUGAACCCCGAAGCUGCUGACAUGCUCUGGUCCAGCCCAUCCACCUACCACCGUGUGGUGCUGGACUGUGUCAAGGCCAGCCAGGAACUGGAGAGGAACAGGAAAGCUGUGCAGUUGGACUCACAGAACAGGCUUGUGAGGAGAAUCCCUUUUGAGGAUUAUCUGAAGACGUGGACAAAGAUGGCCACAACUAAAGCUGGCUCGUGGAUGAGGAAUGAAUCCCUGGAGGAUCUCAUCAAGCGCCCAGAGACCUUUGCCAUGUAUUAUGGGUCACCAGACAAGGAAUCUCCCAUGGGUCCACAGCGUGAAACGUUCAGAGCCAUAAUGUAUGGUACCGUGCGCCAGCCUAAGAAGACAGAACCAGUGAGUGAGGGGAGACAGGCGAGGAUGGACCAAAUGAGAAAGAUUUACCUCCUCUACAGAGCACCAGACAUGCUGGCCCCUCAGGUGAGUGUGCAGGGAGACACCAUGUUCUCCAGGGAUCUCUGUAGAGCCCAUGACAGACAGCAACAGGACCUCUGGGAGAACGAGGUGGACAAACUGGUGGCCUGGACACACUCACUGUCAGUCGAGGAGUUGGAGGACUGAUGCCUCCACGUGCACUAACACGUGCACGUAUACACACACACACACACACACACCUUCCAAUUGGAUACACUUGACCAAUAAAAUGUAAGGACUUCUU